GCACAGACAAUUACUUUCACGAGCCUCGCAUUCUUCCUGAGUUCAGGCCUCAAUACGGUUUCUGGUGCACCUGCUUACGGCCUUCGCACUGCCGUAUCCAACUCGAAUAAUAUGGACCGGUGGUUGCAACCGUGCGGUAAUCCAGUAGCGAUGCAGUUCAAGAGAAUGCCACAGCGGCACAGCGUGCACAGAACGUUGAAGAGAGUGCGGACGCAGCUUCGAGUCGCCCAGAAUCACUUCAGGAUGCAUUUAAAGGAUGUGCACGAGAUAUACUCGAAGGUGUACAAAGUGCUGAAGGGACAGUACAGAAUGCCUUGGCUCCCAGAGAAGGAAUUCGAGUGGUAUUCCAGGGAGGUUUUGUGUCUCGAAAAGGGAAAGAAAGCUGACCGUGCGCUUCCACAUCUUCACGAUUCACUCCAAAGGUUCGCCAUCACGUUCCAUCAUCUCAGAGCUUUCCGUCUGAAAUCUAAUAUUAACGUUGAUCUCACGAUGAACAGGAGGAACGAGAUCAUUAAUCAAAUGCACAAUGAAAUUCUUAGGGUAUUAUGCGAAGUAGAGACCGCCAUCUUAAAUCUAGGGUUGCAAUUACCCUCGGCGCAUACCGCUAAAAUUGUCACGGAAAGUUCAAACUGGGCAAAGGAGGGCGACUUAACUCUCAUGUUAAUUCAAGAUUGGGGCGUGAUCAGAUUGUAUCAGACAUUUUUAAACGCUUGGACGAAGGCCUUUCGUAACGCGACUGCCAAUGGACCAGGCACUUGCGACCCUAGCAAGCAGAAUCUAGUAGCGAAGAACAGUAAGAAGGGGUCUGGGUCAAAGGGUAAAAGGAUACCGAAGAUUAAGAAGCAAAAUAGGCCAAUUAGGAAGCGUCCAGUAGGCGCUGACCAUAAGAAUGGUAGUUCCUUGCCUCAGGGAUCAAAAAUCGGUAUUCCGAGGAACAGAUUGUUGAGGAACAAACAAAAGAAGCUCGCCGGGAUCUGAUGAAAUUCAUCGUGUACAGUGCUUCUCUUAAUU